CCGGAUCCGGUGGCUGUCGGUGCUGGGUCCGGUUCGCGGCGCUGAGGGGCCCGAGGGCGGCCGCGGAUGCCGCCCGCGAUGCUCGGGGGCGACUCUGGGCGCUCGGAGCGCGAGGCGGAGGGCGGCGGGGCGGCGGGGCUGCCGGCGCCUCCUGCCAUCGACUUCCCGGCCGAGGGCUCGGACCCGCAGUACGACGAGUCUGAUGUUCCUGCGGAACUGCAGGUCCUGAAGGGGCCCCUCCAGCAGCCGACGUUCCCCUUUGCUGUCGCAAACCAGCUCUUGCUGGUGUCUUUGCUGGAGCACCUGAGCCAUGUGCAUGAGCCCAGCCCACUGCGCUCCAAACAGGUGUUUAAAUUGCUGUGUCAGACCUUCAUCAAGAUGGGGCUGCUGUCACCUUUCACCUGCAGUGACGAGUUCAGUUCCCUGAGGCUGCACCAUAACCAGGCCAUCACACACUUGAUGCACUCGGCGAGGGAGCGUGUGCGCCAGGAUCCUUGUGAGGAUAAUUAUAUCCAGAAAACCAGAUCCAGGGAAGUUGCGCUGGAAGCCCAGACCUCACGGUACUUGAAUGAGUUUGAAGAAGUUGCCAUCCUAGGGAAAGGCGGCUAUGGACGUGUGUACAAGGUCCGGAAUAAAUUAGAUGGUCAGUACUAUGCAAUCAAGAAAAUCCUGAUUAAGGGUGCAACGAAAACAGAUUGUAUGAAGGUGCUGCGGGAAGUGAAGGUGCUGGCGGGGCUGCAGCACUCCAAUGUCGUGGGCUACCACACGGCCUGGAUUGAGCACGUGCACGUGGCCCAGAGGCAUGACAAAACCUCCUUUCAGUUGCCAUCCCUGGAAGUGAUCUCGGAGCCGGACAACGGGCCUGUGCCACGGGAGGACGGAAGUAGCAGCGGCUCUUCCAUUAUCUUUGCGGAAGCCCCUUCGGAGCAGGAGCAGCCCGUCGCUGACUCGUCGCUGGCGAGUGUGAGUCACAGGCUAGUGAACUACGUCCCCCGUGUGGUCCCGCGAGAGCACCGUGGGCUCGAGUCCUCUCCGGAGCUUCCCGACAGUGACCUGUCCUCCGGCUCCAUGGUGGAGCAGCGACUGCCAGUCCCACUUGGUUCCGACCUGGAGGACAAUCUCACGUCCACCUCCACAGAGGAGUCCUCGGAGGAGAACUUGGGUCUGCUGGGGCAGACAGAGGUGCAGUACCGCCUGAUGCUCCACAUCCAGAUGCAGCUGUGCGAGCGCUCACUGUGGGACUGGAUCGUGGAGAGAAACGUGCGGAGCGGCGACUGCGUUGAUGAAGCAUCAUGUCCCUAUGUGAUGGCCAGCGUUGCAACAAAAAUUUUUCAGGAGUUGGUGGAAGGUGUAUUUUACAUCCACAGCAUGGGGAUCGUGCACAGAGACCUGAAGCCCAGGAACAUUUUCCUUCACGGCCCCGAUCAACAAGUGAAAAUCGGAGACUUUGGCCUGGCAUGCAGGGACCUCAUCCAGAGGCCCUCAGACUGGCCCAGCACACACAGGAAGGGAACAGCAGCUCAUACGUCCAGAGUGGGGACUUGUCUCUAUGCCUCACCCGAACAGUUGGAAGGGUCCGAGUAUGAUGCUAAGUCAGACAUGUACAGCCUGGGCGUCAUCCUGCUGGAGCUCUUCCAGCCCUUCGGGACAGAGAUGGAGCGGGCGCAGGUCCUGACAGGUGUGAGAGCCGGGCAGCUCCCCGAGUCCCUCAGCAGACGGUGCCCCGUGCAAGCCAAGUGCAUCCAGCAGCUGACUCGGAAGGUCUCCUCCCAGCGACCGUCAGCUGCCCAGCUGCUGCAGAGCGAGCUCUUCCAGACUCCCGCCAAUGUUAAUCUGGCCCUCCAGAUGAAGAUCAUAGAGCAGGAAAAAGAAAUCGAAGAAUUAAAGAAGCAGCUGAGCGUUCUUUCCCGGGACAAAGCAGGCCAGGACGGCCUGACCGCUGGGGAGGUGCCUGUCUCGCCGUAACGGGCCUCGCCACCUCGGAAUAUUGGACUCCUGAUAAAAAAUGGCAAGGGUCCGAGCCAUAGGACAGCGGGGAGGACAUUUGCCUUGUACGAGACCAACCUGGGUUUAAUCCCUGGCGCCCUAUAUGGUCUCCCAAGCCUGGCAGUAUCCCUGAGCAGAGCCAGGAGGAAGCCCUGAGCAUUGCUGGGUGUAGCCUGAAAUAAAAGGAAGGAAGUUUUCCGA